AUGAGCAUCGUCAAAUUGGCAGACUUGGUUAGGGACAAUGAGCAAGUGUUCUAUGCAUUCUUGACAAUCCAUCAGUACAACAAUGAAGAAACAAUCCUUGGAAAAUGUCAUCUGCAACUCGACAAAGAUCAAACAGAAGAGUUUACGAUUGACAUUAGAAAACCCUCAGGUGCCCAGCUGUUCGGACUCACGGGAAAAGCAGCUACGCUAUCCGCAAGAAUCGUGCAAACUCUUGACUUCGGGUCGCCGAUCGCAGUGAGGGAUGCAAGUGCCAGCGGAGAAAGGAUAAGAAAUCACCAGGCCAUGAUAUGGCUGGGUGGGAAUUCUACGACCAACUCAAGCUCGAUCCAAGACUCCAUGAGUAACGCGUGGAACACUCCAAUGACGUAUGAGAUGAAAGGUGCAAUGUGUUGA